AAACUACUCGGGUCUUCGAGCAUGUCUGUCUCUAAACGCAUAAGAGCUGCCUAUGCCACAGGACACUUGCCUCUGCCUAUGCCACAAUGUUCGACCGAUCUGGGCUCCAACAGCGAGCUGUGCAAACAGCUGAAAAGGCUAAAUCAAGACUGACACAACCAUCAAGCUGGAAGCUUUCCAAGCAAUCCAGCAGCAUCGCACCGUCUGAUGUCUGGACCAAUGGAGACUUGGAUCCUGUGCCCCCCGAGAAGAGAACUUGGGGGAAAGGCGCUUUCAUCACUUACUGGGUUUCCGACUUGGUGACUAUUUCUACUUGGAGUUCCGGGUCGGCUAUAAUUACCCUGGGUCUCACUGCCACUGAUGCCGUCCUGAUCACUUUGAUCGCUGGAAUUUGCAAUGCUAUACCAACCGUACUAAACGGUGCAAUUGGUGCCGAUCUGCAUAUACCAUUCCCUAUCGCUUCUCGUGCCAGCCAUGGCUACUUGUUCAGCUAUUUUGCGGUUAUAAGUAGAGGAAUUCUUGCCAUGUUUUGGUUUGGAGUGCAUACGGGGUACGGAGGAACAUGCGUUUCGGCUAUGCUCACAGCUAUCUGGCCCAGUUUCGCAACGCUUCCGAAUCAUCUGCCUGCAUCUGCAGGGCUAACCACUGCCGGCAUGAUCUCAUACUUUCUUUAUUGGCUCAUCCAAUUCCCGCUGCUUCUCAUCCCGACCCAUAAGCUGCAGUAUAUGUUCUGGGUGAAGACAGUAUUGAUGCCGCCCGUGGCUAUUGGAAUGACCAUCUGGGUUGCCCUUAAGGCGGGAGGCAACGGUGCAUUCUUUAACCAACCCAGUCAAGUACACGGCUCAGAAAGAGUAUGGUUAUGGCUCUCAAGUAUGACUAGUAUCACGGGAGGCUAUAGCACACUUGCGGUUAAUAUCCCCGACUUCUCUCGGUUCAGUAAAAACCGCCAUGCGCAUUACUGGCAGAUGCCGACAAUCCCGCUCUUGAAGACGCUGACUUCCCUCAUGGGUAUCAUUUCUGCGUCUGCUGCACAGCAAAUCUGGGGUACACCAUAUUGGACGCCUGUCCAAAUAAUCGACAAGUGGCAAGGCACCCCGGGCGGACGCGCCGCAGCGUUCUUUUGCGCAGCAAUUUGGCUUCUAAGCCAGGUCAGUGUCAACGUUAGUGCAAACGCGGUGUCAUUUGCCAACGAUGUUACCACCCUUUCACCCAAGUGGUUUAAUGUACGUCGUGGCACGAUACUUGUUUCUCUUGUGGGCAGUUGGGCGCUGUGCCCUUGGAUCAUCGUUUCCUCAGGUAAGGCGUUCCUCAAUUUCAUGAGCGCGUACGCCAUCUUCAUGGCUCCGAUUGCCGGUAUAUUAUUUACGGACUACUGGCUGGUCAAGCAUCGCCACUAUGAUGUCCCGGCUCUCUAUGAUCCACGGGGUAUUUAUCGAUAUGGGAGAUUUGGCACAAACUGGCGCGCUGUGGUAGCGACGUUUGUUACCAUCAUCCCGCUGCUGCCGGCGCUAGCAAACAAGGUCAAUCCCAAGAUCUCUCUUCCAUCCGGACUCCGAAAUCUUUUCACCAUCAACUGGUUGUACGGGUUUUUUCUAUCCAUCUUCCUUUACUACUCGUUGAACUUCUUCUUUCCGAACAAGGAAUCCUUGAUUUCGAAGACUGUAACGGGCUUUGAGUUUGUUGAUGGGGUCGAAGUGGUUGCAGAAAGCUAUUCGGUUGGAAGCAAAGACGUGAAGGAGCCGCGAGAAGUGGCAGAAGAGGAGUCGGCCAGAUCACCUGCUUGA